GUAACAAACCAACACAUAAAUUUAGAAAAAGAAACGCAUCGAGAGAAGGAAGUGAAGCCCUGAAAGAAGAAGAUGGGAAGCGAAGAUGUGAAGCUGUUGAACUUUUGGGUGAGUCCAUUUGGUAAAAGGGUUGAGUGGGCUUUGAAACUAAAGGGUGUGGAGUACGAGUACAUUGAAGAAGAUAUCUUUAACAAGAGCAAUCUCCUUCUGGAGUUGAAUCCGGUUCACAAGAAGGUUCCGGUUCUUGUUCAUGCCCAGAAACCCAUCGCUGAGUCAUUCAUCAUCCUUGAAUACAUUGAUGAAACAUGGAAGAAGUAUCCAUUGUUACCUCACAAUCCUUAUCAAAGAGCACUUGCUCGAUUUUGGGCAACCUGUGUUGAACAAAAGCUUGGGAAGGCUGGAUGGGUAGCAAUGUCUACCAGCGGCGAUGAACAAGAAGAGGCUAUGAAAGAAGCCAAAGAAAUGAUGGAGAAAAUAGAAGAAGAGAUUAAGGGAAAGAAUUUUUUUGGAGGAGACAAUAUUGGGUACCUUGAUAUUGCAAUUGGAUGGAUUGCUUACUUGGUUCCUGUUUGGGAGGAAGUUGGAUCAAUGCAGAUAAUAGACCCAUUGAAAUUUCCAGCCACCUUUGCAUGGAUGACCAAUUUUCUCAGCCACCCUGUGAUCAAGGACAGCUUGCCCCCAAGAGAUAAGAUGCUUGUUUACUACCACAAUCGCAAGAACAACUUGCCUUCCGUCUUUCGUAACUUGGUCAAGGAUUAGAUUUGUUCCUCCAUGUGUGUGUGGACUCAAAUUUAGUAAAGUUUCCCUUUUGUCACAUAGAUGUCUUUAACAAAUUAUGAAUUUAUUUUAACUUUUGUGAUACUUUUCAUCAACGAUUAAGGAUUUGAACUCUGAGAUAAGCCUGAAAUCAUUGCAUUCGACGAA